AUGUUGCCAGGCAGUCGCCGUGAGACGCAUGAAAUUGCAGACUGCAAGGCUCCGAAGAAGCACGCUCACAAUGAGAAGAACAACGGCAACAACAACGACGACAACCACAACGACUGCGACACCAAUAGCAACGACAACGACGGCGACGGCGGCGGCGGCAACGAUAACGAUGACGACGACGACGACGACGACGGCGACGACGACGACGACGGCGGCGACGACGACGACGGCGACGACGGCGACGGUGACGACGGCUACGGCGACGGCGAACUCGGCGGCGGCGGCGGCGGCGACGACGACGACGAUGGCGGCGACGACGACGAGAUCGAGGAGGCGGAGGAGGAGGAGGAGGAGGAGGAGGAGGAGGAGGAGGAGGAGGAGGAGAUGCUGCUAAUGGGCCAAGAAAAUGCCAGGCCUGAGUUUAACCGCCAGAUCGACGCCAUGUCCUCCUCCGCGCCUUCCAUCCCUGGCUGCGAAGUGCAGGCCGCGGAGGCCGACCACGAUUCUGCGGGCCGGCGACGCAGCUUGCAGGCAUGGCGGGCCUGGAGCCUAGCAGCAGCCCAAGGGGCAGGCUUGGGCUUGGCAGCCGCGAAGUCCCUGAAGCUUCGGGCCAAGGUGGCUUACAACUUUGCGUUCGUGGCUGGAGCGACUCUAGGUGCAGCCAUUGCCACACUUCUUCUGAGCUACGCGCGCGGCCGCUCAGGUGCCAGGCUACAUGAGUACGUGGGAGUUCCCUUGUAA